AUGACAGAAUCAAAGAUGCAAUUAGAAGAUUGGCUGGAUGACCUGUGUGUCCGAUUCAUCAUUAACCUCCCACGCGAAGAGCUUGAGUCCGUCGAACGUAUUUGUUUCCAAGUCGAAGAAGCACAAUGGUUCUACGAAGACUUUAUUCGGCCGCUCGACCCAGCUCUGCCGUCGCUAAAUUUGAAGACCUUCGCGAUGCGCAUUUUCCAGCAUUGCCCGCUCAUGUCACAAUGGUCUCACUAUCACCACAUGGCUGCCUUCUCAGAAUUCCUUCAUUACAAAACCCGCGUACCUGUUCGCGGUGCGAUCAUGUUAAAUGAAGAUAUGGAUGAGGUUGUUCUGGUCAAAGGCUGGAAGAAAGGCGCCAACUGGAGUUUCCCUCGCGGUAAAAUCAACAAAGGCGAGAAGGAUCUAGACUGCGCCAUUCGUGAAGUCUACGAAGAAACUGGAUUUGAUGUUCGGGAUGCCAGCCUGGUCAAGGACGAAGAUGAUGUCAAGUUCAUCGAGAUCACCAUGCGAGAACAGCACAUGCGACUCUAUGUCUUCAGAGGAGUACCCCGUGACACUCACUUUGAGCCCCGUACUCGGAAGGAAAUUAGCAAGAUUGAAUGGUAUAAGCUUUCGGAGCUGCCAACAUUGAAGAAGAGCAAGCACCAUGAUGAAGGAUUCGCGGUCGCGAAUGCAAAUAAGUUCUACAUGGUCGCGCCUUUCCUACACCCGCUCAAGAAAUGGAUUGCUCAACAGAAGAAGACUGGCGCUAAAGCCCAGGCUGGCACAAAGCAGAACACACAGGCUGAGGGCUAUACUUCCAUAGAUGAGAAUGGCCACUCUAAUGGAACUCCAGGGUUGUCUCUUGCGGAAAUGGCUAUUUCGAAUGAUCUUCCAGAGGUUGCCUCAGCUCAAGAUGCCUCGUUCCACCUGAAACGUCUGUUGAACAUUGGUGCAGCACCAGUGCAAGCUCAAGCAGCAGGUCUUGAGCCAAUUCAGACCUCUGCUGUGGACCCAUCCAAGUCCAAUGCUCUGCUUGCUUUACUGAAGGGCGGCUCCCAAGGGAAUCUCGCACAAGCCCCUCUCAACGAUGCAAUGCCACCUAAUGGAGCCCAUCCAACCCUUCCACCUGCAGACCAGCGGCCUCACAUGGGCCCUAAUUUCUUCCCCGGAUUCCCUCAGCAGCAGCAUAAUAUGGGACCUUCUCCAUUUAUGCAAAAAACCUCUGCGCCCUUCCACACUCACCCAUCUCAACAUAAUCUCCAACCUCAUCCUUCCCAGGGCAAUGCAUGCCCCGCAAUGUCGCAACCUGGAUAUCAUGCCCCUCCUGCCGUGUCCCACUUUCCACAACCUGCCUCUGUGCCGCAGUAUCAGCACCAAGCACAGCAGCUACCAAUUCGGGAUAUUCCCCCGCCGAGCCAUAUGCCUGCACCGUUCCAGCGAACUGGGGAUCCUCAAUUUUCCGAGUCUGCUCAUCCAUCUCAAAGCCAGGGUCCAGUGGUUCCUCCCGCCAGCAAAUUGCCUCCACCUAUGCUCACAAGUCAUUCCCUGGCGCUUCUGAACGUCUUCAAGGAUGAGGCUUCUAAGACUCCCAGGGGAUCGGGUGCAGCAACACUAGCUGUCUCUACACAAACUUCUACUCGCGCGCGGAAAACGUCUCAACAUCAGGAUAGUCUGUUGAAUCUGCUCAAAGGUCCUCGACCUGUUUCUGCAACUGGGCCAGCGGAGUUACUGGGAAAUCCUGUUGUGCCUUCUCCCGGUCCCUCAGACAGGCAGAUUCUCCAACGUCCCCAGAAUCAGAUUUCUAAUCUCGCAAAUCCUGCGGUUGGUCAAGUUAAGGGCCAGGCAGGAGCGGGACAAACAUCUGCUACUGUGUCUGGGCCUUUAAAUAUGCCGCAGUUUGAGGCCAUCCCCAAGUCGACCCACAAGAAGAUGAACAACGGACCGAAUCGCAAAAACCAUGCAAAUAGACGAGAGCAGCCUCAGCCACAGCAGCUCUCUUCCCCUAUCACCAUUCUCUCCCGGCCUCAUUCCGCUAAACGCGAGGCAUCUUUCUCGGGACCUGUUGCACAACCACCACAGGUUCCUCGUCAACCACAAGAAACCCCCAUUGAGGCUCCCGAGCCUAUCAAAGCUUUCCAGCCACAGAUUUUACGUCGCUCCGACAAGACGGGCUACGAAGGUCUGAUGACGGCAGCUCCUCAGCCUCCUACCAAGCGCAAGCCGAGCCUAGCAGAAGUCCAGACCAACGCUCAAGGUCUGGCGCCACAGGGUAACUUUGACCGACGCCCAAGCCAGACGGCGGAACAGAAGGAAGCCCUUUUGUCUCUGUUUAGCAAGGCACCUGCUUCUCCCUCUCCCAUUUCUCUGGCGCAGCACGAAUCCCGGACUGUCAGUGCGCACCAGCCCGGAUUCUCAGGCGUAGUCAGCCCGAUGUCUUCUCGUCAUCGCCCUAGUAGUGGUGAUUCCAUCUCUCGGCGUGGCACACCUUCUGAUACUGGUGUGCAUGCUAAUCGCGUCUCACCUCCUAGUAACAAGGCCUUCUUGCUUGGGUUCUUGGAAGGAGUCGCCAAGGGAAACAAAUAG